AUGCACGCUCUGAUUAUUGGUGGUAGCGGCCGCACAGGCAAGCUCGUUAUUGAGGAACUGUUACGACGAGGACAUGGGGUUACAGCACUCGUCCGAGACCCGGCUGCAAUGGAAGGACUUGACAGCAUCAAUAUCGUGCAAGGAUCCCCAACCCAACUAUCCGAUGUCAGAAAGGCCUUCCACCAUCGUAUCCCGGACGUCGUCAUCGUCACCUUGAACGCCCCCCGCGCCUCCGACAGCCCAUUCGCCGCGCCGAUCUCCCCACCACGACUGAUGGCCGACAGCAACGCUAACGUGGUGACUGCCAUGAAGGAAUUCGGUGUUCAAAAGGUAGUCAUCAUGCAAGCGUUUGGUGUGGGAGCGUCGUGGCCAAACAUGUCUUGCUUGUUGCGCGGAUUGAUGAGCAAGACCAAUAUGAAUUAUCAGUAUGAGGAUCACAACAUGACCGAUGAGGAGGUUCGAGCUAGUGGUGUCACCUAUGUGAUGGUUCGUCCGUCUCGGUUGGUGGAGAGUGAUGUUAUGACGGUGCGGGAGUGGCCUCAUGAUGGGAAGGGGGUGCCUUUGAUGGCUAGUACGAGUCGCAAGAGCGUCGCUUGUUUCCUGGUGGAUGUGGCUGAGGAGUCGCGAUGGGAUAAUACUGCGCCGGUGAUUACGAACUGA